AUGUUUCUGAGGCUUUGCCUGCCUGGGGAUGAAAUUCCCCUGAACGGCCUGGAGCCAGGCAGGCGUGGCGGAGGAGCAUCUCGGGCAAAAGUGGAUCGAAUUGGGAAAGCUGUGCAGCUUUGGGCGUUGGAGCUCCUUGAUUUGCUUGGUGAGUGUCUUUUGGAAGAACAAUCACAUCACAAGACUUCUGCUCUCAGGACUGAGGAUGAAGUCAGAGUGGAAAACUUGAGGAAACGCUAUGUCCCGCGGCAGGCCUGGCAAUACACAGCUGCAGAAAGCUUGCGACUCGCACAUUUUGAUGCAGACUUGAAGUGGGCGGAGGAGCAUUUAGUGCCGAAAUCCAAUGCACCGGGUGACACGUGCAAGAUGUUCAUCGCUAUCAAUGCUGUCCCCAACCGAACAGAGCGGUAUCUUUCGCAGACCUUGGGCUCCCUGCUGCGGAGCCUUUCCCCUGAAGAGGUUGAAGGCCUGCGAAUUGAGAUCUUGUCUGAUAGUGCUUCAGAAGAGUUGCACUCGAUCUCCAUGCACUCGCUAGAGCCCUUGGUCCAUGUGGUGUAUAAUCCAGUGGGCCGGCAGACGCCUCCUGCCAAGUCCACGGAAAGCUGGAGACAGGGCUCGGUUCUGCACUACCUUCAUGCUAUGGAACGCUGCUUCGCAAGGGUGAACCUGGAGUGGAUGAUUGGAGAUGCAGCAGUACAUCCGCAUGGAACUUGCCACAUGGCACAGGCCAACCUCUUUCAUCGUGAACGGGCUCAGUCAGCUGGAUUCUUAGAGCACUUAAAGAAUCACUCGAUUCAUGGGCCCUUCAUUGAUCUCUCAAUCUGCGAAUUCUUCCUUGGCAAGGGCCCCAUGUGGACCACCUCACCAAGCCUCUUUCAGCAUGGUGGCCUCAAGACCAGCCUACCAAAUAAGGUUCUGCUUGGGGAGCUGAAAGGCGGCUUAAGCUUUGAGGUGGCUCUUAGUGCUGCGCAAAGGCUUCUAGAUGUAGAUUGCUUCAUCCUUGAUCGGCUUGGCAAGGACUUUGCCUAUGAGCUGUGCGUGGGUCAGAACGGCCGUGUUUGGCUGUCAGCCCCGACUGCCCGAGAGACGGUGCUGCUGUUGCAGGCAAUCAGGAGAAGCUUUGGAAUGAGCAAUGUUCAGAUCGAGGCGAUGGUGGGCAAGAUGGUUGGGCUCUUUUCCUGA